UCCAGUUUGGCAAUUCCCAAGUUCCAACUAUAUGGCUCUCUUCCACUCAUCAAACUCCCACCUCCAAUCUUCAAACUUAGUUCUUAUUCUGUUCCAUAUUUUCUUAUUCUUCUCAUUCUUUAUCGUCUCUGCAACACCAUUAUCCUUCAACUACCCUAAGUUUCCAUCGGAUAUGGCAGACGAACUAGAAUUUCAGGGAGAUGCCUACCACUCCCCUUCGAAUACACUUGCACUCACCAUAGGAGAAGUUGACAAACCUUUUAAUUUCAGUGCCGGUCGAGUCAUAUAUAAAAAACCCAUUCACCUCUGGGACAAUGCCACCAACAACCUCACAGACUUCAUCACCCAUUUCUCCUUUUCCCUUUUCAUUGAUAAGAAUGCUAAAUAUAUGCCGGGCGACGGAUUCACCUUCUUCCUUGCUCCCAACUCCUUCCUCCCUCCUCUUCCAACUGGUAAUACUAAUGUCAUUCCUUCUUCGUCAGGUCAAUUCCUUGGUCUUUUUGACAAUAAGACUGCUACCAAUGAAGGUGAGAAUCAAGCUGUUGCAGUAGAGUUUGAUACAUACUCAAAUGAUGGAGAAGACCCAAGUUAUCGUCAUGUAGGUAUUGACGUUAAUGCAAUCAUAUCUGUUAAAGAAGUUCAAUGGGAUAUUGAUGGUACAAACGAGGUGAAAGGCGAUGCUCAGGUCAGUUAUAAUUCUAGAACAAAAGACUUGAAUGUUUUCUUGAUAUAUGUUGACGGAGAGAAGGGAAGUGAGACCCUUAGCCUCUCCUAUAGGGUAGAUUUGAGAAAUAAAUUGCCGGAAUGUGUUAAUAUUGGCUUCUCUGCUUCAACGGGAUGGAGUUACGAAUUACAUAGUAUUCUCUCCUGGAAUUUCAGUUCAAGCUUGGAGAUAAGAAAUUCUUCAAGCUUGGUGAUUAGCAACAAUUCAAAGCCAAACAAGGGUUUGGUGGUGGGGUUGGUUAUUGGUACAAGUGCCUUGAUUGGUUGUUUGGUUAUGAUUUUGCUAGUCCUGAAAAAGAAAAGGAAUAGGUCGCCCGAUGCCUCAAUGGACGAAGAUUUUGAAAGGGAAACGGGACCCAAGAAGUUCUCGUAUGGAGAAUUGGUUCGUGCAACAAAUAAUUUCAAUAGAGAACUCCUCCUGGUGUAUGAGUUCAUGCCCAAUGGUAGCCUUGAUUCUCAUCUCUUCAAAGGUAAAACCUUGUUGACAUGGAAGGUCAGGUACAAUAUUGCUCUUGGCUUGGUCUCUGCUCUGCUCUAUCUUCAUGAAGAGUGGGAGCAAUGCGUCGUACAUAGAGAUAUUAAAUCCAGUAACGUUAUGUUGGAUUCUAGCUUCAAAACUAAAUUAGGAGAUUUUGGGUUGGCCAAGCUUGUAGAGCAUGAGCAAGGGGCAGAGACAACAGAGGUGUUGGCUGGUACGAAGGGUUACAUGGCUCCUGAAUACACAGUUAAUGGGAAAGCUAGCAAAGAAUCUGAUGUUUAUAGCUUCGGAGUUGUUGCCUUGGAAAUUGCAUGUGGGAGAAGGCCUGUUGAACCAUCUGCUGGACAAGGUAGAGUAAUAUUGGUAGAUUGGGUGUGGGAGCUCUAUGGAAAAGGAAUGCUUCGUGAAGCAAUAGACCCGAGGCUCACGAGUACAGAAGGAUUUGAUGAAAAGCAGGUUGAGCACUUGAUGGUUGUCGGGCUCUGGUGUGCUCACCCCGACUACAAUCGUCGACCUUCUAUGAGGGAAGUGAUGCAUGUUCUUAGAUUCGAAGCUCAAUUGCCUGUAAUCCCAUCCAAGAUGUCUGUACCUACUUUUGCCCUGCCACCAGACGCAUCUGUACUUGAAAUAUCAUCAUCUGUAGCAGGUUCCUCCUCCAAGUCAACCAUGUUCUAAACUGAUGCUUCUCCUGCUUCAUCGCUCUUGCAUUCUUGCUAAGUUGGAGGUUACACGUAUUGCUGAUGCAUGUAUGCUAUGUAUGUUUGGCAGAGUUGUUUUCCCUUCUUUUUCUUUUUCUUUCUUGCUUAUAUUUGAAUAAUAAUAUAUUAUCUCUAUAAAUGUCAAAUAUUGUGGGGUUUGCUUU